GUUUGGCUUGACAACAUGAAUUCACCUUACACAGCUGUGCAGUAUUACCCAGAGUUUCCCUUUCAUCGACUCAGGGACCCUUCGUCUCGUUUGUCCUGGAGAGAGAGCUCAUUCCUGACCACCAUGUCCCAGAAUCAGUCAGCACAGACAACGGACUUUUUCAGCCAAGAUGUGUUCAAUCAGCUGUUUGAUAUGCUGGACCAAUCUGCCAUCCAUUCAGCCCAGCCCAUUGAGCUGAACUUCAAAGACAGUCCAACUGAUGUGUCUGCAGGAAAUACCAUUCAGAUCAGUAUGGACUGCAUAACCAUGCAUGAGCCAGAUGAGACGCUCACUUCACAGUAUACAAACCUGGGACUGCUGAACAGCAUGGAUCAGAACAUUCAGAACGGCGGGUCAACCUCCACCAGCCCCUACAACAACGACCACGCACAGAACAAUGUGACAGCCCCAUCACCCUACGCCCAGCCCAGCUCCACCUUUGAUGCCCUUUCUCCCUCACCUGCCAUCCCAUCCAACACAGAUUAUGCCGGGACCCACACCUUUGAUGUGUCUUUCCAGCAGUCUAGCACCGCAAAGUCUGCCACCUGGACGUACUCGACAGACCUGAAGAAGUUAUACUGCCAAAUUGCCAAGACAUGUCCCAUUCAGAUCAAAGUCCUGACCAACCCACCCCAGGGCGCAGUUAUCAGAGCCAUGCCUGUUUACAAGAAAGCCGAACAUGUAACCGAGGUGGUGAAACGCUGCCCGAACCAUGAGCUUAGCCGCGAGUUCAACGACGGUCAGAUAGCUCCUCCGAGCCACCUGAUCCGUGUGGAGGGAAACAACCACGCCCAGUAUGUGGAGGACUCCAUCACUGGAAGACAGAGCGUAUUAGUUCCUUACGAACCUCCCCAGGUGGGGACAGAAUUCACCACAAUUUUGUACAACUUCAUGUGCAACUCGAGCUGCGUGGGCGGAAUGAACAGACGCCCAAUUCUCAUCAUUGUCACUCUGGAAACCAGAGAUGGUCAGGUAUUAGGCCGCCGGUGCUUCGAGGCCAGGAUCUGCGCCUGCCCGGGCCGAGACCGGAAGGCAGACGAAGACAGCAUCCGCAAGCAGCAUGUAACGGACGGCACAAAGAGCAAUGAUGGUACGAAGCGCCCCUUCCGCCAGGUUUCCCAUGGCAUACAGAUGUCCACCAUCAAGAAGAGAAGAUCUACAGAUGAGGAGGUUUUUUGUUUGCCUAUCAAAGGCCGUGAAAUUUAUGAGAUUUUGGUAAAAAUCAAAGAGUCUCUGGAACUCAUGCAGUUUCUGCCACAGCACACUAUAGAGUCGUACAGGCAGCAGCAGCAGAAUCUCCUUCAGAAACAGACUUCGAUGCAGUCUCAGCCCCCCUACGGCUCCUGCUCCCCAACUCACGGAAAAGUCAACAAGCUGCCCUCCGUCAGCCAGCUCAUCAACCCCCAGCAGCGUAACACACUCACCCCAUCCAGCAUGGCUGGAGGCCUGACUGACAUGACUCCCAUGAUGGGUACUCACAUCCCCAUGAACGACAUGAGUUCACUGAGCCCCACACACGCACUGCAGCCACAGCUACCCAUGGUGCCUUCCUCCCACUGUACUCCCCCUCCUCCAUACCCAAUGGACAGCAGCAUCUCCAGCUUCCUUAUACGGUUGGGCUGCGCAGGCUGCUUGGACUACUUCACAGCACAGGGCCUAACCAACAUCUACCAGAUUGAGAACUAUAACAUGGAGGACCUGUCCAGGAUGAAGAUCCCCGUUGAGUUCCAGCACAUCAUCUGGAAGGGCAUCAUGGAGCACCGACAGGCCAUGGAUUUUUCCCCACCUCCCCACAUUGUGCGCACCACCAGCGGGGCCUCCACCGUCAGCAUGGGCUCCUCCGAGGCCCGAGGCGAGCGCGUCAUCGACGCCGUGCGUUUCACCCUGCGCCAGACCAUCUCCUUCCCACCGCGCGACGAGUGGUCCGACUUCUCCUUCGACCUGGAUUCUCGCCGCAACAAACAGCAGCGCAUCAAGGAGGAGGGAGAGUAAGACGGCCUCCGUCUCACUCUCAAUGUUCCCAUUUCUCAUUUCACGCCCACUGUUGGAACAUUUCUUUUGAAAACAUGGUAUUAGUGCAAAUACUGCUGAGAACAAAAUUCAUAUUCAAAUGGGAGUGCACUUAUUUUCUGUAUUGUUCUGGUUCUCGUUAUCGCCGAGGAGAAAUACACGGUGUUGAGCAAAGGUGCAUUUUAUUGUUUUCUAAUUUCUUGAGAGCACUUAAGAAAUGCUGAGGAUUUCAAGUAUGCUUUGAGUUUUUAAAUGUUCAUGAUUCAUUCCCAUGUUAAAGCAUGACUGGAAACAAAACUGGCAUUAGGGCUUAUUAGGGCUUCUACUUCUGCUAUGGGCCAUAGCAAAAGUGUAUUUUAAUAUGUAAUAGACUUUUACGUUUUCACCGUUAUGGUUGUGCAAAUUAGUCAAGUACACUGGUUUUCAUUUGUGGCAGAAGUCAGCAUUGAUUGUAUACAUUUCAAACAUUUCCUGUCAGAAGUAUUAUGUCAAUUCAUGGGCAAUUUGUUUUUCUGCUGUACCUUCUAUAUUUACUUUUUUAUGUCUAUUGUGAGACCAAUGCAUCACCUUUUUGUGUCAGGUUGUGAAGUAUGUGUUUAAGUGACAGAUGGUCAUUCAUUUGAUGUAGCCAUAUAGAGGCCUAAUAGUAAAAUACUAUGACUGAUGUUUUUUAAUUCAUGAACCAUGUUUUGGUAAAAGGUUUAUUUCAUUUGAUAACAUGCCAAAACCUGAUAUAAAUGUAUAUAAAUUUGUAUAGUUCUUUUUUGAAAGUCUCCCUAAAGAAAAUGCAUGAUUUUCAUCAUGGAACAAAGUAUACAGAUGUGAAUAUUGCCUGGUAGCCUUACCAGUAAGAACAAUGUUUGUAUUAAUUCAAAGAAGUGCAUACAGUAUGUGCGUACUACACUAGCCCAAUGUUUAACUUUGUCUCAAGUAGCCAGCAUUAUCAGAAAGCAGAGACUAUCUGCAUUUUCAUAUUUUUGUACAAUGUCUUGUAAAUAAGUUGCAAUAUACCAAGGGUAUUUUGAUAUAAAUCUGAAAUAAAUAUCCAUACUUGCUGUAAUA